AUGGCCAAAGACAACAUUCCUCCGCUUCAUACUCUGGAGAGGCCUGAGAAGCUCCAGGACAUUCUCAAGCAGGACCGCGGUGAUGACUGCCUUCCCUGCCGGGUCAUUGGCGGAGGGGCUUUCCUUGGUCUUGCCGCAUACAGCUAUUAUUCCGGCCACUCCCAGCUCACCAAAGCCCAAGCCGAGAUCCUAGCCAGCAAGUCCUUCUUUGGUAUGAGAAGCAGGAGGUGGGCCAUCACUGGUCUCUCAUGCGGCAUGGCCUAUCUGGGCUUGUACAGACUGUUCAAGUGA